AUGCGUGGAGCCAUUCGCCUCGCGAUCGUCGCCACGGCGGCAGCCCUCGUCGCCGCCACCUCUGCCAACAACGUCAAGAACAAGCGGUAUUGUGAAGUGCUGUUUGUCCGCAAUGUAAAUGGGUCGACCGUCGCCGACGUGUACAACACAUUUGGCCUCAACGAUUGCCCCCCAUCCCUUUGGAACGCUCUCACGCCUGCCAAUGCCCGAGAUAACACUUCGCUUGCCGUCGUGCUCAACGGGCCUCGGUACUGGCUCAUGGACUCGAUUCAGUCUAACGCGUCGUCGUCGGUGGUGCGACCGGUCAAGAAUGUCGGCGGCAUCAACAUGACGCUUUCCGGCCGUGUCCCCGUGCCGCUGCCGUUGCCCGCCACGAAGCUGUACACCCCCAACUUCGUCGCGCGCAACGUGAGCUUCGUGUGGAAAGCAGGGUCGACGGUGUUCAUCCUGACCCGCCACGGCGAUGGACACCACGACGGCGUGAGCGACCAGUUCAUCAUGCAGUCGUAUUCGCAGCAAGUCGACCCGAUGCUCAACUUGACGUGCCUGUCGUCGCUGCGCCUCCCGCAGCUCCCGAAAGGAUGGACGUACAAAGCCAAGCGCCUGCGAAAAGAUGUCAACGUAACGACGCCGAGCCUUGUCGGUGGGAAUGCGACCGUCGGCAUCGUCAUCCAAGACGACUUUCAAAACUCGUACUCGUACGUUGGCAACGUCGACGCGUACUUGCGGCGAUGA